AUACACUUGUUUUCUUGUUUCCUGUAAAUUCGUUUAAUUAUACCAAUGCUGCCCGUGUUGUGGUAAGUAAGGAAAAUGUUUUGCACCUUCUUUUAAAGCCAUGAAAAUAUCACAUACAAUUCUCAUGUGUAGCAGCAUGUGGUUCCCAGUGUUUCUAUCAGAAACAGUUCAAUGAAGUUCACCAAUCAAAAGACAAAUGAGGCAUAAAUAGAGCUAGCAGCCAGUAUGCCGAUGCUUAGAAUAAACAUCAAAUAUAAGAAAGCCGCAAGUCUUGUUGGACCCUGGUACACCAUGUGGUGACAACUGGAACCCCAAACCAGAGCUGAAUGAUGUGUCCACUAUGACUUACAUGCACAACAAGUUAUACUGUAACUUAAGAUAUGGGAAUAUAUUCUGCCUAAAUAACAGAAAUAUCCAUAAAAACAGAUUGUCAAUCAAGUUGAUCCGUCCAGUAUUGUUGCAAGGAAAGGCACAAAGAAGCAUGGCUGACUAUGAAUGAAUCACAUGCUUACCACCUUGUUUUAGUCAAAGAUAUUAGGAGCAUCUUCCAAUGCUGGAGAUCUGUUCUGUGCAACCACUCUGUGUAAAACAUUUACAACAUAGAAAUAUGAGUAAUAUUGGAAUGUUUGGUGUAUUUGAGGGCUAUAGACCCUUUAUUGCAUUACAAAUCCAGUUUUCUGAAACGUGGUGAUGAGUAAAUGAGGCAAAAUACAAUGCUAAAUUGUGAAUUUAGGAUGCAUCUACAGACGCACAUAGCUUAACUGUAGUGAAACAAACCUUUUGUAUUUUGGAUGUUUGUCCAAUUGAAAACAUGUGCAAGCAAAAAAGCCCACUCUUAAGCAUCUGUUUCCAAUUGUUGGUCAAAACCUACAGUUUAAUAGAGGUGAAAGGAACUGUUAGCUUCACUCACUCUGAUGCACAUGCAUAGUCGUUAAUUCAUGUCAACAAAUAUAUGUACCUUUCAAUUAUGGAACCUAUGAUCCAUGGACAUUGUCUGCCUUGUUUUUUUUUUGACCAAAAAAUAACCUUUACACACAAGAAAUCUCCCAAUCUAAUGAGAAAAUCGCAGAUGAAAAGGACAAGAAACAUCAAGACAGAUAAAAAAAAAUUAGUACAUAAGGUUCUUCAAAUUUGUAGUAAACAUUUCCUCUGUGUUGCCCAGGUAAACCAGGAACAGGACCAUGGGAGAUAUGAAGACGCCAGACUUUGAUGACCUGCUGGCGGCCUUUGACAUCCCUGAUAUGGUGGAUCCUAAAGCCGCAAUUGAAUCUGGCCCCCAUGACAACCACGACGGACAGCUCAAGCAUCCCAGUGGUGAAGACGAGUCCCACAGCCCUUCAACAGGACUUGACGUUGGCGUUAGCGUCAUUGUCAAGAAUAUCCGAAGUGCGGACACUAGGGAGCGUGGUGGAACCGUAUCGGAGAAGGAUGGACAUUUCCAAUCCUCUUUUGUUGACAUUGGCAAUGGACUUCAUAAUAGCUUCUUGGCUGCAAUACAACCACGUACUCUUUGCACCACAAAUGGAUGGAAAGCUUUCAGCGAGGAAGGACAGUCAAUCAACAACGAUUCAUCAACUUUCAAUCAAUUCAGCCCCAUCUCCAGCGUUGAAGAGUUUGAUGAUGAUGAUAAAAUUGAGGUUGAUGACCCCAUGGACCCCAUUAAAUUCACUACUAAGACAGACGACCAGAAUCCCAAAUAUCAUGUAUCGUCAGACAAUGCUUCUAGGCCCACUUUAAACAGCGAGCAAAAGCUUGAUCAAAAUAAUAACCCCAAAGAAACUCUGGAUUGUUGCAUGUCUAACAAGCUCCAACAAUCAAGUUUACCUGAGAAACAGAAAACUGUCCUUGAUUGUCGCGAUCAAGAGUUCAAGGAGACUGGAGAGCCGAAGGAGCUCGUUAAUGUGUCCAGAACAUCUCAACUCAAAACCAAGUCCUCUGCAAAACUUUCAUCUUGUUUAGCAGCCAUAGCUGCCCUCAGUGCCAAAAAGACUUGCACGACAGAUGUGGGUGUCUUGGAUUCUCCUACAAAACAGAACGUUUCCACCCGUGCCAAUAACAAUUUCAGAGCUCUCGAGAAACCACACGAGCAGGAGUCGGCCCUGGAAUUUGCAAAGAGGCUACUAACAAGGCAACCAGACAGUCCCUCGAGUGAGGGUAGCAGCAAAGGUUCCCCUGCCUCAAGCACGGACACCACACCGGUUGUCCCAAAAGUCAGGAUCAAGACAAUCAAGACGUCAUCCGGCCAGAUCAAGCGUAUGGUGACCAGAGUGGGGUCGGAGUUUGAUCCUGAAGGUCUGAAAAGAAGAGAGAAUAACGUUCCUGUCUUGGCAACCACCGGUGAAAAGUUCUCAUUCCCGACAAGGCCUCCUCUGCCAACCACAGUGUUUGCCACCGCUGGAGGCCCUUCAAUGGAAAUAACCAAGCAAAUGACUAUCAAACCUGUGGCAACCGCUUUCCUGCCUGUCUCUGCAGUCAAGACGGCCGGUUCCCAAAUCAUCAACCUGAAGCUGGCCAACAAUACCACAGUUAAAGCGACGGUCAUCCCCGCUGCAUCAGUGCAAAGUGCCAGCAGUGCCAUCUUAAAAGCUGCCAAUGCCCUCAAGCAACAGACUGUCAUGGUACCUGCCUCCAGUCUGGCUAACGCUAAACUUGUGCCAAAAAAAGUUCAUCUGAGUAACCUGAAUCUUCUGCCUCGGACCGUGUGUGAUCCCAAAAAGGUCCUGUCCUCCUCCAAACAACCACAGCAAAUCAAACAGCGUACAACUCUCGCUGGCCGGGCCUCAAAGAAACUCUCCAGGAUUCAAGUGUUCAACAGCUCUCAAAGCUCCGUGGUGGACGCUUUCAACAAAGUCCUGAGUAGCAUGAACCCCGUCCCCGUGUACGUACCGAACCUCUCUCCCCCAACCUCGGCUUGUAUCUGUCUACCCUCACGCGGCUACAAGUGCCAUGAGUGCGGAGAUUCAUUCGCUCUUGAGAAGAGCCUGGCACAUCACUACGAGCGUCGCAGUGUGCGGAUCGAGGUCACCUGCAACCACUGUGCCGAAAGUCUGUUGUUCUACAACAAAUGCAGCCUCUUGUCUCAUGCCAGGGGACACAAGGACAAAGGGGUGGUCAUGCAGUGCUCACAUCUAGUUCUGAAACCCAUCCCGGCAGAUCAGAUGCUGACCACGCCGCCACCAUCAGGCUCAGCAAACAUCACCGGCCCCACCACCUCCACCUCCACCUGCCAAGCCCAAUCAACUACCCAAAUCCCAGGCAGAGUUGCUGGUUCAGGAUCCCAAAGCACGGUGGUUUCCGCCGCGGGCAGCGCUCCUCUUGUUGCAGCCAUGCCCUUGGAUGAUGACGCAUCGAAGCUCUGCAGGCACAGCCUCAGGUGCUCGGAGUGUAACAAGAUGUUUCAGGACGACGGCUCGCUGGCUAUGCACUACCAACAGGCACAGGAGUCCAGUGGGCAGAGAACGUGCAGCAUCUGUCAAAUGCUUCUACCAAACGAGUGCAGCUUUCUGUCGCACCAGCGGAUCCACCAGCACAAGUCUCCUUACAUCUGCCCCGAGUGUGGCGCCAGCUGCCGUUCUGUCCAUUUCCAAUCCCACGUCACUAAGAACUGCCUGCAUUACACCCGCAGGGUUGGCUACCGCUGCGUCCACUGUAGUGUGAUCUUUGCUGAUGCCGCAACUGUAAAAACCCACAUCCAGAGUUCUCACUGUGAGAUCUUCCAUAAAUGUCCUCUCUGCCCCAUGGCCUUCAAGUCUGCACCUGCGACGCACUCUCACGUGAACACGCAGCAUCCAGCAAUGAAGGCUGGAGAGCCCAAGUUGAUCUAUAAGUGUUCCAUGUGUGACACCGUGUUCACUUUGCAGUCCCUGCUCCACUCCCAUUUUGACCAGCAUAUCAUCAAUCAUAAGGUUCCAGUGUUCAAAUGCCCCGACUGCUCCGUGCACUACGCACAGAAACAGCUCAUGUUGGAUCACAUCAAGGCCAUCCACGGCACCCUGAAGAGCGUCGAGGGUCCACCAAACUCAGGCAUCAACCUUCCUCUCAGCACCAAGCCCACUAACUCCAACAGCACAAACAGCCCCGGCAACAAUAAUAACAAGAAAGAUGGACGAAACGACACAGGUCGAAACAGGGGAGAAAAGAAGCCUUCACCUUCCCCGCUAAAGAAGACCAACAGGAACAGCUCAGUGGACCUCAAGAGCGCAACGAGCUCGGCGCACACGUGUGGAGACUGCAGCAGUGUCUUCAGCGACAGGGAGGUCUUUGUGGCUCACAUGAGGCGCGAACAUGGCAAGAUGCUGAAGAAACACCCAUGUCGGCAGUGCGAGAAGUCCUUCAGCUCCUCCCACAGUCUUUGCAGACACAACCGCCUCAAACACAAAGGGCAGCGGAAGGGCUACACCUGCCCGCACUGUCCAGCUCUCAGUCAGCUGUUCACUAAAAGAGUGCUGCUGGAUCGGCACAUCCAUCUGAUGCAUGGAGUCAAAGACCCAGAUGGUACAAGCGCAAACCCUGAUCACAUGGAGGCUCUACCUGACAAGGAAACGCCCCGCGGCCUUAAAAGGAAGCAAGAAGAGGACGAGGGGUCCCCAGGCCCGACCCCCAGGGCCUCCGACUCGCAGCCCUUAAAGAGGCUCAAGGUGAACAUCAGCAAAGUUCACGAGUGCGCCGUCUGCGGCCUCGUCGCCGAGGACGCCGCGGCUUUCCGCGGGCACAUCCCCCAGCACAAGUGCGACGGCUCGUCGCACCAGUGUCAGGAGUGCGGCCUGUGCUACACCUCCCGCCGCUCGCUGGCCCGACACCUCUUCAUCGUCCACCGGCUGAAGGAGCCGCAGGGCCUCGCCCGCUUCAACGGGAGGGGCGGCGACGACGACGGCAACGGCGUCAACGACGACGACGAGAGCCAGCGGGAGAACCAGCUGGACGCGGCGGACGGGACACCGAACACCAAAUGCAAAGUGUGCGGCAGGAUGUUCGAGACGGAGGGCAACCUGAACACUCACAUGAGGACGCACGGGAUGGCGUUCAUUAAGGCGAAGAGACUGAGCGCGGCGGAGAAGUGACGCUUUAAAAACCGUUCCGAGGGAUUGUUGAAGCGUCCGAGACAAUUGCCAGUACACUACGCCCUAUAUACUGUAUAUAGGGCGUAGUGUACUGACGGUUGGCUCUAUGGUGUAUAUAUACAUACUGUAUACAUUAUGUAUAUGUGUGCUACAACAUGUGUGCGAUAUACGUACACACAUAUACCAUAAGUCAGUCACUUUUUGCGUUUAAGUAAAUUGAAGAUAGAUGGAUGGUUUUCUACAGGCUUUGAAUAGAUUUGUUUUGUACAGAACAUUUAUUUUGAAUAGAGUUUCCAUUGUUCUCACUAGGGCUAGAAAAUGUAUGGAUUAUUGUUGUUAUGGGAUUAAUCCUCAUGCCGUCGACAGUGAAUGUUUAAUGUUGUUAGUUUCAAACGGAAAAAACAUACACAUAUAAAACUUUUGGCAGCUUCAGGUUUCCCACGUUCAGCGGAUUCCACUUAACUUACGAGCUGAGAGGAAGAUCAGCUUCAAAAGGUAUUUUUGGGGAAACUAAUAUUUUUCUCUAAGAACGCCUCGACUUCUCCAAUAAACUCGGAGUCAGAAAAUCUUCACACUUAAUUGAAAUUACAAUAAAUAUCAGUCUUCAGACGAAAAAAUGAUUAUGAUGACUGUGUGAUUAAUGUGGCCGAGAUUAAUGCAAUGAAAUGUUUGUUUACUUCAGGUCUGCCAGAAGAAAACAAAGUUGACCACAGAAAGAAACAAAACUUUCUAAAGAACAUGGAAGAUUUAGUCUUUAGAAAAAAAAUAAAACUUUUAAUCGAAAUGAAUUGUGAUUAAUUAAAAGUGAAUUAUUCACACAAAACAACUAGUUCAAUUAAAUCAACAAUAACUGAAAAUUGUGACAACCACGACAUUGAUUUCUAUUACUUCUUUCAGUAAAAAUAUUUGUAUUUAGACAGAAGAUUUUCUACUCUGACAAUGAAACGUGUCUGGCACUGUAGAAAUGCGUGUAUGACGCAGUGAAUUGUUUGUUGAUUAGAAUGUAUCUUGCUGCUGCCAGUUUUCAACCAUUUCUGAUGCUUGUUUACACAAAGCUGUUCUUUACGUCAAUAAAGGAUGAAACUUGCCAGAAGU